GGUUCGCAUACACUAAGCAUUAAGCAGCGCUCAUAUUUAAUCCAUCGUCUUCAUCGAUGCAGCGAGAAGACGAGACUGACCGAGCCCGCCUCCAACAAUGUAACUCGCUCGCUUUUCACGUGUUCUUAUUACAUACACACCAUCCUUUUUUAAUUAAUAUUAAUUAUGUAUACAAGGGUGUCAGCACAGCAGCUUGAUCCUAGCUUGAUUAUAUCAGCCAACAAAUGGGGAGUCCUCCUGCGAAGAAAGUCCUGAUCACCUCCAAUGGCAACGAGAUUUCACAGAGCAUCGCCUUCUCUCUGGCCCAACGCGGCUGCAGGUUGGUGUUAAUGGGAAAAGAGAGCUUCCUGCGGGGUAUUGUGCAGAAAAUAACGGCCUCACUGGAGUGUGCGGUGGCGCCGGUGGAGAUGGUGGACGUGGACAUGGAGGACGAGAGGGAGGGAGCUUUUGAUGAGGCGGUGGAGAAGGCAUGCAACAUCCUGGGUAAUUUGGAUGCCUUUGUGCAUUGCUAUAGUUACGAAGGAAAAAUGCAAGACCAGCUACAAUUACCUGAAGGUGAAUUAAAAAAGAUAAUGAAGAUUAACUUCAUCUCUGCGUGGUCCGUUGGCAGAAGAAUGCGAGAUCAUAAGUCAGGUGGUUCAAUCGUAUUGUUCACAUCGAUAAUUGGAGCUGAAAGAGGGAUUUAUCCAGGAGCUGCUGCCUAUAGUGCAUGUUCGGCAGGCCUUCAGCAGUUAGCUAGGGUAUGUUUAUUGGAAAUUGGACAAUGCCAGAUCAGGGUCUAUGCUAUUGCCCGUGGUUUGCAUCUACAAGACGAAUAUCCAAAGUUUGUGGGAGUGGAAAGAGCGAAGAAGCUGGUGAAGGAGGCAGCUCUAUUGGGGAGAUGGCUUGAUGUUAAAAAUGAUCUGGUUUCAACUGUCAUAUAUUGGUCACGGUACAUGACAGGCACAACAAUAUUUGUGGAUGGGGCAAUGUCUCUGACAAGACCUCGGAUGCGUUCUUUUAUGUGA